AAGAGCGAGACAGACGCUGCACCGUACUGUUUACAGAUGCUGUUUUAGGGGAAACUAACAAGCAACAAUAUAAUUGUUGCGGUUACAUAUUUAUAAGAAAAGUGGCGUUAAUUUUUUUCAAUUCAAUUUGUAAUCAUGAGUCAACGACAGGUUUUACAAGUGUUUGAGCAGUAUCAGAAGUCAAGGACACAGUUUGUGCAGACUAUUGCUGAGCUUGCAACAAGACCGCAAAACAUUGAAACUUUACAAAAUGCUGGUGUGAUGUCCCUGCUGCGGCCUUUACUGCUAGAUGUGGUUCCUACCAUCCAGCAGACAGCUGCUCUGGCUCUGGGAAGACUGGCCAGCUACAAUGAAGAUCUGGCAGAGGCCGUCGUCAAGGGAGACAUCCUCCCACAACUCAUCUACUCCCUGGCCGAGCAGAACCGGUUCUAUAAGAAGGCAGCAGCAUUUGUCCUGCGUGCAGUGGCCAAGCACAGCCCUGCUCUGGCCCAGGCCGUGGUGGACUGUGGAGCGCUGGACGCUCUGGUCAUCUCUCUGGAGGAGUUUGACCCUGACGUCAAGGAGGCUGCCGCCUGGGCUCUGGGAUACAUUGCACGCCACAACGCAAAUCUGUCUCAGGAGGUAGUGGAUGCGGGAGCCGUUCCUCUGCUGGUGCUGUGUAUCCAGGAACCAGAGGUGGCCCUGAAACGCAUCGCUGCCUCGGCCGUCAGCGACAUCGCCAAGCACUCCCCUGAGCUGGCUCAGACUGUGGUCGACACCGGCGCCAUCGCACACCUGGCCCAGAUGAUUCUCAACCCUGAUGCCAAACUGAAGAGGCAGGUGUUCUCUGCCCUGAGUCAGAUCAGUAAGCACUCGGUGGACCUGGCUGAGAUGGUGGUGGAGGCAGAGAUCUUCCCUGCUGUCCUGGCCUGCCUCCGAGACCCAGAUGAGUACGUCAGGAAGAAUGUUACCACACUGAUGAGAGAGAUCACCAAACACACACCUGAGCUGUCUCAGAUGAUCGUGAACACGGGUGGUGUGGCGGCGGUGAUUGACUACCUGGGUGAUAGCCGUGGUAACGUGCGGUUGCCAGGGAUCAUGAUGCUUGGAUACGUGGCUGCUCACUCUGAAAACCUUGCCAUGGCCGUCAUCGUCUCUAAGGGGGUGCCCCAGCUGGCCAUCUGUCUGUCUGAGGAGCCAGAGGAACAUAUUAAGGCAGCAACAGCGUGGGCGUUUGGCCAGAUUGGCCGCCACACCCCGGAGCAUGCCAGGGCCGUUGCCACAGCUAACGUCCUGCCCAACCUGCUGGCUCUCUACAUGGACACAGACAGCUCCGAGGACCUGCAGGUCAAGGCUAAGAAGGCUCUUAAGAGCAUCCUACCAAAGUGCACCUACCUGCCUGCUCUGGAGCCCCUGCUCUACGAAGCUCCCAGCAACAUCCUCAAACACGUCGUCUGCCAGUUCAGCAAGGUGCUGCCCCGUGACAGCAAGGCUCGUCGUCUGUUUGUGACCAGCGGAGGCUUGAAGAAGGUUCAGGAGAUUAAGGCUGAUCCUGGAUCUGCCCUGCAGGAGUACAUCAACUCUAUCAACAGCUGUUACCCUGAGGAGAUAGUCAGGUACUACUCCCCCGGCUACUCAGAGACUCUGCUGGAGCGGGUAGAGAAGUACCAGCCUGUCUGAGGGUCUGGGGCUCACAUCCCCUCCUUACUGACACUGAAUGUGAUAUUACGCUUUUACCGUUUCACCCUCAUCCAUGAUUAUGAGGACAGAAGACUAUAUAAAACAUUAUUUUAUUAUUG